UAUCAGAUCACUUUCAUGCCCCAUAACAAUUUUCAAAAUUGAAUCACCUUCUGCAUUAUUUACAUCUUUAUUAAAAAGCAACAUCAUGGCUUCGAGAGCAUUCUCAAGCACCGCCAGACAGCUGAAGCAGCUUAACUGGACGCUCCAUGGAACAACGGUCGAUGUCAGCUGGUUGAUCCAGCAAAUCGAGCGCUCCAUCGACGAAGUUCCCGGGCUAAGGGCUCGUGUUGUCAGCGCGCAGGUAAAUGGAAACCCUCACCCCACGCCUAACCGCAAUGACCCGUACCAUGGAUCCGUGGUUCUUCUGGAUAAGGAUGGUAAACGGGUUACAUCCGCGCAUGCCUAUCUCAACGGGUAUGUCAAGUUCUCCAAGGAGGCGACAUUCAAGCCUGUGAAGCUUCCUCCAAUGCCUGGAGCACCGGUCAUUCCGCCGAAAGGAGUCGCGACUGAGAACUCUGAUUCGAUGUCUGUAUCUAAUCAGUAGACCUCCGAGAAGGGCAAGAAAUGGUUGAUGAGCAUUGAGGAGUUGCGCUAGAUUUGGAAUCUGCAGGCAGAUAUAUGGUUGGUUCCCGUUGCCAUUAUUUCAUGUAUUGUUGGCUUCCGUUGUUUAGUUCAUGUAACUUUGCCAGUGGGAUUGUCCAAGGAAAUAGACGCAUUCGCG